UCCUGUUGAUAGUAAUUUGAUUGGUGAUGUCUGUAUCCUGGAAGAUAUGAUGUGUCACCUGCCGCUCAUCGAGAUCCGCAUAACAGAGUGUUUCGAUGAAGGGAUUGAUGUCCGAUUACGAGGAAUAAAGAUCAAGUCCUCCAAGGAAAGGGACUUGGGCCUCAGGGCUGAUAUGUUCCUUCCCCCUAACCUGGUACGAUACCCGCGACUGGAGGCCAUUGACCCCGACGUCCUGUACAGGAGAGCCAUAAUCCUCCAGAGGUUUGUCAGGCUUCUAGACAACGUCAUCCAUCACCUCGUCCCCACCUGGGACCACAGCAUCGGCACUUUCAGCCAGCUUAAGCACAUCAAGCAGUUCCUGUUGAUGUCGAAACGCCGCUCUGCGCUCAUCACUCAGUGCUUGAAGGACUCGGAGACCACCAAACCCAACAUCAUGCCUCGUUUGUACAUCAACCGCCGGCUGGCCGUGGAGCACCGUGAUAGCCCUGCGUUAGACCCCACCUACAAGAAGACCGUGUUCAGCCAGGUGUACGAGGGUCUGAAGCCCACCGAUAAGUCGGAGAAGCCCCUGGACUACAGGUGGCCGGUGCGAUAUGACCAAUGGUGGGAAUGCAAGUUCAUCGCAGAGGGGAUCAUCGAUCAAGGUGGAGGAUUCCGGGACAGCCUGGCUGAUAUUUCUGAGGAGCUGUGCCCCAGUUCUGCCGACUCCCCCGUGCCACUGCCUUUCUUUGUGCGCACAUCAAACCAGGGAAACGGCACCGGAGAAGCUCGGGACAUGUAUGUGCCAAACCCGUCCUGCAAGGAUCUGGCCAAGUACCAAUGGAUCGGGCAGCUGAUGGGCGCGGCUCUGAGAGGGAAGGAGUUCCUGGUCCUGGCACUGCCCGGCUUGGUGUGGAAACAGCUGACGGGAGAGGAAGUCAGUUGGAGUAAAGAUUUCCCAGCGGUGGAUUCCUUGUUGGUGAGAUCGCCCUCCGAAAAUCGUCCCCUUCCAGCUCAGACCACACGGCAACAGUGA